GCAGUUGAGAAUCGAAGUUGGAGUCUUCCCGCCUGCGGGGCGCGACGGGACGCGUUCCUGGGGCCAUGAGCCGCCUGGGCUCGGUGCAGCAGAAGGUGCCCUGCCUCUUCGUGACUCAAGUGAAGGAGGAGCCCUCGGCCAAGCGGGAGCGCCAGCCUUUUAAAGUGUUGGCCACCAACUCAAUUAAUCAGAAGGCUUUAGCUGCAGAUAUAUACAGUGCAAUCCCAACAGAAAAAGUGGAUGGAACUUGCUGUUAUAUAACUACAUACAAAGGUCAUCCAUACCUUUGGGCCCGAUUGGAUAGAAAACCGAACAAGCAAGCUGAGAAGAGGUUUAAGCAGUUUAUGUACUCAACAGAAAACUCAAAAGGAUUUACAUGGAACGUUGAAGAAGAUUUCAGGUCUGUCCCUGAAUGCUGGAUUCCAGCCAAAGAAAUAGAGUACUACAAUGGAAAGCCUUUUCCUGAUGAAAAUGGACACAUUCCAGGUUGGGUGCCAGUAGAGAAAAACAGCAAACUAUAUUGUUGGCAUUCUUCUGCUGUUGACUAUGAGUAUGAACUUGCUCUCAUUCUGAAACAUCAUGCUGAAGAACCUGAUCUUCUAGAAAUCAGUCCAGUACCUUUAACUGAGUUUACAGAGCAGACACUGGAACUUAUUGGAACAAAUAUUAAUGCAAAUCCAUAUGGUUUAGGAAACAAGAAACGUCCCAUACAUCUUCUUGUACCACAUGGAACAUUUCAGAUUAAAAAUGCACCAUCAAUAAAUCACAAUGAUAUAUUGACUUGGCUUAAUGGAUGCAAAGAGGGGAAGAUUGAAGGGAUUGUGUGGCACUGUGCUGAUGGAAAUUUGAUCAAGCUCCACAGACAUCAUCUUGGCUUGUCCUGGCCAAUUGCAGAUCCUUAUUUGGCGUCACAACCAGUUACUGUCACUUUCAGUAGGGCCAAGUACAACUUUGAAUCAAAGACUCUUUUUCAUUAUUUUUCAAAGUUGGAGGGACAAAAAUUUAAUAGUCUAAGAGAUAUAAUAAGCGAUCUAUGACCAGGUCUCUUCAGAAGAUACAGUGAAUCAUAUGUAUGUCUGCCUCUUCAUUUAUAAUAAGCUAAGGAUAUUUAAAAUGUUUGUUGAAGUAUAAUAUAAAUUGUAUUAUGUCUACACAUGCUUGACUGUAACAUGUAUAUACAUAAACUGAAGAAACUUUAGUAGACGAACUAUAAAGAAAAAUCUUAACUUUUCAGCACUUUUAUUGUUUUAAUCCCUCAAGUUGAAGUAUGCAACAUGCUUUUAUUUAAGCAGUGAGAGUUAAAUAUUAGUCUCAUGGGUUCUUUUAGUUUUAUAUGUAGAAUUACUUCAUAAAAAAAAAACUAAUAGCGUGUCCAUUUUUGCUGGCACUGUAAUAUUUAACCUAAGUAGAUUUUAUAUAGUGAAGAAAACUGUUAGAAAUUAUUGCAGCAACUGUUUAAUCUCACAGCAAGAUCUUGUGGUAGUUUAUAUUCUGCUACAGGUAUUGGAGAAUAUCGUAUUUCAGUAUAAAUCAGUUGUGAAUAGUGUAAGUAAAUCAUUUCUCUAUACUUAAAAUACAUAGAAUCAGUCUGA